AUGGUUGUCAAGAUCCGUCUCUCCCGUUUCGGCAAGAAACGCCAGCCAUUCUACAACAUUGUAGUUUCUCAGGCUCGCACAGCUCGCGACUCGAAGCCGAUGGAAGUCCUGGGCACGUACGAUCCUACACCGCGCGUACCGAUUGCUACCGAUGCGCCGGAAGUCAUUGACGAAGUGACUGGUCUGCCGAGAAAGCCAAAGAGGUACAAGGAUAUCCAGCUGGAUCAGAGUCGGACGAAAUACUGGCUUGGGGUUGGAGCCCAGCCGAGUGAACCAGUCGAGAGGAUACUUUGUCUCAAUGGCUCAGAUCGGACUAAUGGAGCCGAGACCGGGCGUGACGAAGAAAGCAAUACCUGCACCCUCACUGUCCGCAGUCAGCAUGGCCAAGGUGCAUACGAAGUCGUGACGUUAAACCUAUUAUUCGUUGCAUUGCGAAGGCGUUUGGAACUCGUUUGCAGUUUGACGGUGUUUUAUCAUCCUUUAUUAGGGAUCGAUGCCGAAAACGCGGGAAAGUUUCACUUCGUCUGGAACAUCGACCUAGUCAAAUGA